ACAGAGAUGUUUGCAGCCAGAACCAGAGCAGUUGUGAAGAGUCUGGGUGCCCAGGGAGAUCUCAUCCCCAACGAAAAUGUCAAUGAGAAAAUUGAGAUGCUGACUCUGGUCAAAGCCAGACAGAAAACCUUCUGGCCGAUCAUCAAAUACACGAUCAUCGAUCAAACACUGUUGGACCUGCUGGAGGAGCAGGACUUCUCCCCAAAGUUCACAGAGGAGGUUCUAACAGAGGAUUUUAAGAACCUGAGAGACAGCUAUGGUGGAGGCUGUGCAGCAGCAGGAGUUGAUGCACCUGAAGUCAGACUGCAAGUGUCUGCAGCGGUGGACACUGUGGACAAAGCGUCCUCCAUCACUCUGAAGAAAAAGACUGUGGACAUCGAAAAACUGAGGAAGAGCUGCUGCGACAAGAAGAUAAAGAAGAAUAUGGUGGAUGCUCUUAAACUGAAGGGGACGGAGAAGCUGACUUUUGUUUACCAGAUGGUCUCCAACAUCGUUCCCGUCACGAUUUCUGGCAAAGCUCGAAAGGGCGGCUCGGUGUUGGCAGUUGGUAAAAUAUUCCCCACGCUGUGUGUGACGGGCAUCAAGAAGGAGGAGACGAGCUUCACUGUUCCUAAAGACUACACCUUCGCUUACGGCCUGAUGGAAAUCACCACCAAGGACGAGACUCUGGGAAUUCCUCCUCGAAGCAGGAAAGUCAGACAUUAUAACAAAGGAUGGUGGAACAUCAGCUCAGACGGAGACGGCGAGGACUGUGAGACGCUGCAAAAAGUGAAGGAAGAGAUAAAGAUGAAAGCAGAUCUUCUGCAGCCGCUUGCAGAUCUUCAUGAGUCGAGCCGUCGUGAUCUGCUGAAAACACUCAGUGAGCUUCUGGACGACAGAGACGCUCUCACUCUGCUGGAGGAAACACUGGAUCAGAGCAGUAAAGGAGUGUUUGAGCGUCCACAGUCUCAGGUUGUGUCUUCAUUCAUGGAUCUUCUUGAUGCUGCUGAAGCCUCCACCUCUCAGAAGGAUGCUGCUCACCUGCUGGUCAGCACCAUGGACACUCUACCAGACGGUAUUCCAGCAAUUCUUGUCAACUGCAGCCCUGAAACACUGAGAGUCCUGAACCAGAUGGUGAGCAGUCUGAAGGAGGACGCUCAGGUCAAACUCCCAGAGUCUCUGCCCGUCUCCCUGCAGGAGGAAGGAGAGCUCCGCUGGGCGGCCGAGCUCCUCUGUUUGACCAAUCAGACGCUGGAAGAGCUGAGAGAUCACUGGGACAGACCAGAGUUCUCACCAGAAGUGAUGCUGGAGCUUCUGUGUCUCGUCGUGCAGGGACUCAGCAUGAUGCAGCCUGAAACACACUCAUAAUGUAGUCUGUUCUUCUCUUAUUAUAGAGUCAAUAUUAAUACAACAAACACAAUGUGCAUCAAAGUUUAUGUCUCUUCUCAUAACUCAGUUAAAGUGAAAUACACAGACAUCACAGAAUUUACUGUUUCCGUCACGCUGUGGAUAAAUGUUCAUAAAUCUACUUAGAAAUCAUAGAAAAAAACACUUUGAAUGAAUUGAAUGAAUGAAUAAAUAAAUAACAGAUUAUUUGUAUAAGUGCAGCUCAUCCAUACAGCUUCACACUGAGUAGAAGAAACUCACCAACUGUUCCAACCUGAGUCAGCUGUAACACCUGAACACCGAGUGCUGCAAAGAAAAGGCUUAAAAACAUUCAAACCUUUACUCUUGUAGUUUAUACUUUGCUUCAUCAAAUGAACUAACUGACACACAGAAUGUCACAUCAGCAUGAGAGGGACAGACUUUUUAAUGUAGAUCUGAUAUUCAUUUAAAUAAAUAUCCUCCUGUUUGGUGCUCCAGCUGGAGGCGCUCACCUCAGCCUGAACAUGCUUCAUGUCAAACAUCUGGCCCAUCCAACACGAGAUUACAAGACAACACAGAACCUGCAUCGUCCUGUAACACAGACUGAAUACAAAACAUGUACAGAAGCAUGUGGAGAAGCUGACUGACAGAACUCUGAUAUUUGAAUAAUAAGCUUUUGCCACCAUGAAAGUUCUUGCGAGAGUUCAAUUGGUUGUUUAUAUUUGUUAUCGGAGGCAUUCCCAGCUG